AAAUUUGACAGUUAUAAUAUUUUCAGUUAGUUAAAAGAGUAAAGUUUUUUUCAGAAACAAUAUAUUUUGUUUUGGUGUGUUAUAUAUAGUAAAGACUUUAAAAUUAAUUUAAUUAACUUGCACUUAAGUUGUUGUCUCAAUAAAUGAGUCAUAAAAAUUAAGACUAAUUUAAAUCUACUGCAUAGUAAAAUAUGUUUACUAAUCCAGGAUAUGGUGAAUAUUCUGGUUACGGGCCUCCAGGACAGCCUCCUGUAAACCCAGAUAUUCAAAGAUGGUUCGAAACUGUCGAUAGAGAUCGUUCAGGACAAAUAAACUGGCAGGAACUGAAGUCUGCAUUAAUAAAUGGCCAAGGUGAAAAUUUCUCAGAUCAAGCUUGUAAACUUAUGAUAGGAAUGUUCGAUACUGAUAAAAAUGGAUCUAUAGGUGUCAACGAGUUUCAGUUAUUGUAUAAUUACAUAAAUCAGUGGUUGGCAGUGUUUAAAAAUUAUGACAGGGAUGGGUCUGGCAGUAUCGAAGAACAGGAGUUAGGCCAGGCAUUUCACCAAAUGGGAUUUCGGUUUUCCCCAGAGUUUGUCAAAUUUUUAAUAACAAAGAGCGAUUACAAAAACCACCGGCAGAUGUCUCUAGAUCAGUUCAUAGUCGCUUGUGUGCAAAUACAGAGGUACACAGAAGCGUUUCGGGCUAGAGAUAGGGAGCUGAAGGGUGUUAUAACGUUAGCUUUUGAAGAUUUCCUUAACAUUGCCAUAAAUUGCUCGAUAUAGACAUGCAUUUAGAAAGACAAAUAGAUCUCUCUCAAUCUUAUUAUAUAUCAUAUUUUUAUGUUAUGUAUUUAAUCACCUAUAAUAUUGUUAAAUGAAAUGUAAUUUAAAAU